CAUUCUCAAAUACAAAAUGGCUGGCCUUCCUCAAUCAAAGCACUUGAUGUCACGCUUGCACCUUACUACAAAAUCCGUAAUGAGCUCUCAACCCUAAGUGAUUAUGUUCUCAGAGGCUCAAGGCUCAUUGCACCACUUUCAGUGAGACCUAAACUGAUUGCACUGGCACAUGAAAGUCACCAAGGGAUUGUGCGCACAAAACAAAGAUUAAGAGAUAUCUACUGGUGGCCAAAAAUGGACUCACAAGUUCAGUCUGCCAUAACCUCAUGCCUCCUUUGCCAGUCCAAUGACAAAACUGCACAUACUAAUCCUGCUCCUCUCCAACCCGUCCCACUGCCUGAUGGACCGUGGAAAAAACUUGGUCUUGACAUUGUUGGGCCUUUUGAUACUGCAAUACCUGCUUGUAGAUACGUCAUAACAUUGACUGACUACUACUCCAAAUGGCCUGAGCUUGCCUUUUCACCUUCUGCUACUACUGAUGAUGUCAUUCAGUUCCUCUCAUCUGUCUUUAGUCGUCAUGGCAACCCAGAGAACAUCGUAACUGACAAUGGUACACAGUUCACCUCUGUAAUGUUCACCUCAUUCCUCCAGAAUAGAGGCAUCUCCCACAGCAGAACAUCUGUCUACUACCCAGCUGCAAACGGAGCAAUCGAACGGUUUCAUCGUGCCCUCCGCACCUGUAUCCAGACAGCAAUCCAGCAGUCAAAACCAUGGAAGGCUACUGUGCUGGAUUGGCUUCAAGUUUACCGUGCAACACCGCAUGCAACUACUUCCCUCUCUCCCUAUGAACUCCUGUAUGGCAGGAAGAUGCGUACUAAACUGGAUGUCCUCCCUUUGCCUCCUGCUGUGUCUCCACUGGAUGACGUUGCACGUCACUCAGUUCAGAAAUCUCAGUUGAAAAUGCAACGUUACACUGAUGGUAGGCGUCACGCACGGAAACCUUCUUUUCUACCAGGAGGGAGUGUGAGGAUAAGGAAACCCCACCAUGUUCCUAAAGGACAUCCCAGAUUUACCCCUCCUGUAACAGUAACAAAAGCCAAAGGCUCGAAUGCCUUCUUGCUGAGUGAUGGAAAGAUUUGGAAUGCCACUCAUCUAGCACGCUGUCGCCCGGUGACUGAAAAGAACGCUGACACUGCUAGGUUGCACCACACUCAGGCUGGCUCACCUACUGCCAGAAGACUGCCAUGCGUCAAGUACAAACCUCGCUGGCACAAAGACUAUAUUGUACCAUAAUAUGUUGCUUGAAAAAGGACAUUAGAGAAAUGUCAUUACUUGUUCUAUUUCGGGUUUAAGACGAACUGAUUUCCUGCCACCAAUGCACUAAGAAAAAAUUGUAAUGGAAAAACUGGAAUAAUUUCUUUUCAUUUUACAAUUUCAGGCUUAUUUAGCUUUUCUAGUUGUAGUAUUCUGAUGUUAUAACUAUUGCGACAUUUAAGUUCACCAGUGUAUGUUUGAUUUGCUAAACAGUGAAUUACUUUAUUUCUGUACUACGCUAUUUGGUGAACUCUUUUUAUAAAGAGAGAGGAGAUGUUGUGUUCUGUAAUGUUUAUAUCAUAUUGCACCACUAGAGGGUGGUGUCGCAAAAUAAGAGUAAAGCAGAGUCUGUAAAAGUUAAGCGUUAGAAUAGAGUUAGAUGGCUAGCUGAUAAGUGAUGUGUGUCACUGCUACCUCUUUGAUGUAAGUUUGUGAAUUCAUUAAAGAGCACUGUUCUUU